AUGGCUGAUUGUAGUGAAUUGGUCAAAAAUGUGCCCAUGGACUACAAAAUGACGUCACAUGUUGUUAAAGCAGGACAGGAGUACGUGAACAAGAAGAUCGAUUCAAAGCGGUUUGCGUUCAUUCGAGUCUACUUCGAGGUCAACAACGCGUACAUCCUCGACAAACUGAGGCUGAUUCUCUACCCAUUCAACAACACCCUCGACUACCUGCUCAAACCAGACCUGUACAUUCCCCUGAUGUCCCUGCUUACGCUCGUGAUGCUCAGGUCUCUCCAAAUCGGCCUAUCGAAGGAGUUCCACCCCGAAAAGCUCUUUCUGAUGGUCUCCAGGAACCUCCUUGCCCAAAUUGGAAUCAGCUGCGUCUACUACGCAGUUGGCUUCGUCCUGGGCCUCAGACUGGGCCUGAUCACCCUCAUCUGCUUCACCGGAUACAAGUACUAUCCAAUACUGAUAGUGAAGCUCCUUCUGCUCUUUGGUUUCAGGGUCAUUGGAUACGUCGCACUUGCCUACCUCCUUCUGGUCUACUUCUUCUUCUACAGCAGAAGCAUCAAGGUUGAGAUUGAGAGGAGCAAGGAGAUGGCACUCAACCUCUACUUCGUCUUUGGAACUGCCCUCGUGGAGCUGCUUGUGAUGGUCUAUUUGGUCAGAUAG